AUGUCGCCACUAUUGUUUAUCCUUUUUCUAUAUCUAGAAACAUGUUUGGGUCUUAAUGAAGAUGGAAGCAUUGAAGUAGUAUGGGAUAUUACGUCUUACACAACGGACGGCUAUGAGGCAAUUGUUUCAAUCAAGAACAACGAGCUAGAACGUUCUAUUCAGGCGCCAGGGUGGGAGUUAAGUUGGUCAUGGUAUAACGAGGAAAUAAUAUGGAGCAUUGCGGGGGCUAAAGCAACAAAACAAGGGGAUUGUUCAGGAUUCGAAGACACUGAUGUUCCCCUGUGCUGCUUGAAUAACCCGACCAUUGUCGACUUAUCGGUACCAAGGGACGAUCUAAUAGUAAAUUGUUGCAAGGGCGGUGUGAUUACUGCCGGAAGCUCCGCCUCAUUUCAAGUUACUGUUGGCCGAGUUGGAACAGAAGUUUUUCCACCGCAGAAUUUGGCUUUUAUAGCACCAGGAUCUAAAUACAUAUGUGAUUCAUUUAGUCAAACGAUGACUAGUCAUGGCUCUGCAAGCUUUAUAAUCGGCCUCGAGUCGAGCGGAACGUUCAGACGGUCAGUCGCUGCAUUCGGCCGGAAAUCGGCUUGUGUUCAGCCAACGGUUGGUACGAUCGUGGACAGAUGGUUCUGCAAUCGGACGUGGGGAUCGGCCAGACAGAUAUGUUAUGCUAUCGUGGGACGUGAAUGGGUUGAACUCGGGAUGAUGCUUCCCGGCCGGACGGUACGAUCGCCCUUACGUGUGGGACGAUUGUGUGGAGUGUGUGAGAUGUGGGACAACCGCGGGACAAUGCAUCCCGGAUCAGCCAGUCCGCUUUGCUGCGUGUACGUAAGGUCGGUAUAA